CACAGUUGGCGGCAGAGGAAAUCGAGCUCGGACAGAGAUUUACUAUGGCGUUUUUUGGGAAAAAGUGUGAACAAGACAACACGUCUUUCAACUGCUAGUGCAGAGGGAUACUCUUCGCCGCAUUGAAGAUGGUUACGUAUAUUCUCACCAUUCAUGGUCAGUUGGUCAUUGCGUCAGUGCUGGUCUUCCAUACAGUCGUUGUUUACACCAGUACAGAGACAGCUGGCUUCAUGGGACUACCCGGAUGUAGCCUCGGUGUGAUAUACCCAAUCGACCCCAUCCACUCAACCACUACACUGAACGCCAUCGAGUGCGCAACGAUAUGUGCACGUACGUACGGAUGUUUCUCGGUGAACGCAUGCACUAGGGAUGACGGUGCUGUGACGUGCGACAUCCUGGGAGACGUGUCCGGUUCAGGAUGUGGCGGCAUGACCUCCAAGAACAGAUGCAGACACCUACAACGCAAGGAUGCAGUAGCCUUGAGAGCCUCGAAUCCAUGUAAAAAUGGCGGAACGUGGACUGGAAGCAUCUGUAUUUGUAUUGCCGGAUAUGCCGGGCAGUACUGCGGAAGAUAUAUUCACAGCUGCAGAGAGGCAAAGGAGCUCGGAGUGACGGGCACUGGGUUUUAUAAAGUUCAGCCUGCAGCCUCUCCUGUUGCCUACACCGUGUACUGCAACUGUAACGCGGGGACGGUGUGGGUGUUCCGGAGGAAGAACCCCGUCCCCUCCUGGUGCCCCGGCAUCAGCUACAACAGGACGUGGGCGGAGUACAAACACGGCUUCGGCGACGUCGACUGCGAGUAUUUCCUCGGACUGGAGACCAUCUACCGCCUCUGCUUCUACAACCAAUACCAGUGGAACAUCUACAACGAGGUACAAGGCCCUCCUCCUGUUGCCAGUGUAUACAUGGAAAGUGCCACCUUGUCACCGGAGUCUACUAACUAUCAACUGGAUAUGAUCCGCAUUUUCUCCAAUCCUUGGGAGCUGGGGGAUGACGCUUUUGAUGACAAUGACAAGCCCCGGAGGUUCUGUACGUGGGACCGGGACUGUUGGGGGUGUGCCAAGACGGUAGGAGGGGGGUGGUGGUUCAAGUCCAACUGUCAGGGAGGAGCCUUGACUGUUUCUCAGGACCAGUUGAAGUGGCCUGUCUCUGGUGUGGACGAGGUCAUAGACGAGGCGUUUCUGCAGCUUGAUCAAAUGGACUAUGUUCCAUAAUAUAUUAAAGUCAAAUAACCAACUAAUACUAGUGUACGACAUCCCGCGCUAUUAUUAUAUGGAUCUGUGUAGUGAAACGUCCCUUAAUCGUGGCAGAUUCGCUGAGUUCGAAUUCCAAAUUGAUGUUUCUAAUCCUUGGUUGUCAUCUUCCAACCAACCAGGGGGGCACGGGUGGCCCAGUCGUCUAAGGCGCAGCGAUUCGCUGUGCAGAGUUGUAUCGCUUGGGCACGCCAGAAACCUAGGAU